AUGCGUCUGCGGGUCGCGGAUUUUAAUCAACUGAAAUUAGUCCGGCAAAUAGGAUGUCGUCGUCGUUUUCCGUUCGGUGAUCUGUUUGGUGAAGGGUGGCACACACGUAGGUAGCGAAACACUGGAGCGAUUAUUAGAGCUUCCACAAUAUGAGUUAAAUGUUUGUUUAUAUGUUAAUCAUAUUAUGUACCAUGCAGACAUGUUUUUGCUGAUCAUGAAAUAUUGCCACAUCCGUGAAUCCUUGUUUUGGCGGAUGAAAAGUCAUGGAGUCCUUACUCUUCGUGGCGCCGCUCUGGUUUUCUUUUGUUAUUUCAAAAUGCGUCAGUUUCAUAAUUCCAUCACACCGUGCCAACAUCGCACGACAAUCAAUACAAGUGAAAAAGUAUGUGAACCGCCCUAGUAGCAAACUAUAUCGAGACGAUAUCUAUUAGAUAUCUAUUUUUCGAGAUACCUAUAUCGAGUAUAUAUCGAUUUUGUCCGCGGCCUAGAUAUCGAGACGAUAUCUAUUUUUCGAGAUACUACGAAAUCGGCGAUAGGGACAGGUUAGGGCACGCGCAUGCUGCGGUUCCUUGUUCUUAUACCCAUAUCUAAUUUUAUUAUUGUCUGUUCGCCUUAGUCAUUCCCAUCCCGGCUUACUAGGCCUGCUGUUGCUCACUUUAUAACGCGUUGAACGAGAAAAUUCACGUGGCUAUUGCAACCAAGGUAACCAGAUCGACCAAAAAGAACUAUUUUGAAGGCGUGUUAGAAGGGAAAAAGUUUAUUGGAUUAAAAAAUAAUUUAAAAAAGGUUUAUUACAUAGAAACAUCUUGCGUGGAUGAUGGUCCAUCACUCAUUGAACAUCCUGCUUGAACAUUUGCUUGACGAAGUCAUCUACAUUGUGCCCACCAAGGCAUGUGAGGUAGGACGUCUAAUGCAAGAGGGAGUUACAAAUAUGGUAGCAUACCAAUUGCUUUCGGAAGCUAUUGUCCAGUACUUGGUUUCGAAAGUCAUCGGCGUUCUCCUGUGGCUCCUAAAAAGGUAUACUGGUGUUAUUUUCCAUCACUUACUGGAAAGUCUCAUUUCCAUACCUCUUAAUACGACGUAUUCGUGUUCUCCGGGAUCCCUGCCUAAACAUAGUUAACAUGGAAGAGUAGCAAACAAGAGAUAUAAAUCAGUAAUGGAAAGUAAGUGCAAGGACUGUCAACUCACGCGUUCCACGCCGCUCACGCGAAAUAAUGGCGCGGCCGCGUGUGCGCGCAAUCGAUAGACGACUAAAGAACGGCAACCAAUGAAAUGUCAGAUUGCAUGAGCGAGGUGGCCAAUUACGUGAUAUCUCGAUAAAUCGCUAUUCACGUAUAUCGACUCGAUAUCUAUUGCUACUAGGGCGAAGACCGGACUUUUUAUGCAUCUGCUAACCGAGAUACAGUUAUAAUAAUUUGACUCAGUAAUUCGAUUACGGGCAUUAAAGGACUAUUUCCGAGGAAACGGUCGUACUCCACAACACAAACAGUAAGCCCUGUCCACCGUACGGUCCAACCUCGAUUUUUUUGUCCGGCCCCCACCCACUCAAAUAAAACUCCGCCCUGGGGGAUCUAUUAGAGUAUUUAUCCAAUUCCCUCGUUAUAUACGCACGUCAUGGAUCAGUUUUAAGUGCAUAUGCCGUACUCAUAUUUAAUGUGCUUUUUUAAUAAAGCCAGAGCGUUUUGCCUCUGAGUACUAUUCCAGUGUAUGCUACAGAUAGAACGUUUUUGAAAACGGUGCUUACUACCGCACAGACUGUUAAAGUUCACUUAUACGCGUGUUUGCCGCGCAGGUAACUGCGAGUAUUCGUAAAAAACCCUGCUUUGGUUUAGUUGACCUUGUAAACCUACGACAUUAUUGUAGAAGAUGUUUAUAAGCAUAUUUGCCGCACCCAUAAUCGCAGAGCUUGAAUAUCGCGUGAACUAUGCACGCACCUUGAUGGGCGUGCCCAGCUGUCCCUAAGCUUUUUUUGCAGCUUCGAAUUUAUCUGUGGUUGUACUGAGUGUAACAACGGAGAUUAGCCGUUUAGGGGCCUUUAUGCGCGUUCUUUCUAGUUGUGUUGAUGCCUGGGGUAGUCUAAACUGACAAAACGAUAGUUCUUUGUGUCGGUCUUCCUACACAGUUUUAAAAAGUGCACCCAUCUCACUUAUACUUGCGUGUUAGUCUACUUCGCUAUAGUAAUCGAAGAUGGUCGACCAUUAAAUGAAGGUCUUUAUUUAAUUGUGCUUUUUUGGCGACUAGUUUCAAAACAUAUGCCAUUGGUAUUACUGCUACAGUAGAUGCGAAGGUGUCUCUAAAGAACAAUACAGAGCCGUAUGUGUUGAUCUUGAGUACACAUGUAUAACAAUUGAACACCAAUGGCAUUGUCCCCGACUUUUUGGUCUGUUAUUCUUAACUUCACGUGGGCUUGGGAGUUUAGUUGCAUUACUUUUACGGCUUUAUACUGGGCCGGCCCAUCUUAUGAGAGAGUUAUCUAGAAACUCCUAUUCGGAGCUAUGUCGACAAGACUUCCAAUGUGUAACUUAGCGUUUUCCUGCCCAGCGCACUAAAUGGCUUUUGUUAGACUCUCCAAGUUUACGCAUUAUAUGGAAAUAUCGUUAGCACGACGACCUUGUAUAGAGUGCCGAGGAGAAAUAAAGCCUACAGAAAUCCUGGGGGGGGGGGGGCUUUAGAGGUCCGGACAGCAACUCCUUCGUGAAUUUUGAUGGAAUUGUCUUUCUCUUAUAGGACAACCAGCCAACAAUCUUGGGUCAAUUGUCAUUGGCAACGAUUGAGUUUUAAAAAUAAGGCAGGCAUCAGUGAAUGCUUAACAACCCUUUCCUCGUUUUUUGGUGAUUUAUCGGAGUUUGGUGCACCCAUAAGCGAUAGAUCCUUGUUUCCUCGCAUCUCUGCUUUAGUUGAUAUGUUGUAUCUUCCGUCCUCGGCGAAGCGGUCUCUUAUUUUGCCUUGAAGAUUUCCUUAACAAAAUACAUGAAAGAUGUUGAGCAGUUCCUAAUUUUUCUGCGGCUGAUUUUGAUUCCAGGUUUCUUGUUCUGGUAGGCAUCACUCAGUAUGGCGGAGUCCAUAAGAAUGAACAGGGUGGGGUCGAGAAUGGAACCCUGCUUCACACUGACACUACCACUGCUUCUGAGACUGUCCUGCCACCCGGUAGAAACGGUUUAUGGGAGUUUGUUCCGUAAGUAGAAAUAUAGUCAAUUCAAUACCACCUACGAAUAUCAAGUUUUUCGAGCAAUGCAGCAAGCAUUCUAUCACUGAUAAACGGCAGUCAGCAGUCUCCAGGAAGUCGGUAGUCUUCUGCCAUUUUUUGAUACCUGAAGUUCAAACUAGGUGCACCACUGAACACAGCAGAGGGACAGGAAUCAAAAUACUUGUUAGCAUUAUUGGGUUAACUGCGAGGUACAAGUGAAUACUGUUUAUCCUUGGUCACAAUUUGGAGCUCGCAACUACUUAUUACAGCGAAAAAAGGUCUGACGGGUCACGCCUAAAUGAUUAUGCUAAACAGAUGCAGAUUCUACCGCCGCGGCCACCUAACAAUGAAGCGAGGUCUCAGAGUUAGCUGCCGGAGGAAAUAUCCUUGUCUCCAGAGAGUGAAGGAAUCUUAUUUGACAGGGUUCUAGUGUUAAGAGUACCUGCGGAGUUUACUCCUCGUCUUAGACAGAGGUAACCAGAACCGUCUAGCGGUUAACAGCCAUCAGAAAAAAAGGAUCGAGGAGAGUUAUUGCACAGUUACUUUCGUAUGUCUGAAUCUUUCCGAUUUGCAGGUGUUGAGAAUAUUGCCGUUCCUGAAUUUUUACGGCAUUCAUCUAUGUCUGCACAGUUCCCACAAUAGCGAGGCCAGAUGCCCAUAUUGGUUGCAUCUUUGCUUUAGUCGGCACUCCGAGUUUUUCCUUAAUUUACCGCCCUUUGACACAGACACGGGAAGAGCAUGUGGACUUUAUCCUUGGCAUCUCCAGGACUCAUAAUUAACAGAUUUUGAGCCCAAAGAUGGUGACUACUUUAAGAAAAAACUACUCAAUAACUAAAACAAGAAUUUUAUUCGCCUAGUGUUUCGGUGUACCACUCGAAUCUACCCUCAGAUAAAGCCACAGUUAGGUAUGAUGAACGCACAUGAGAUUCAGUACAUAUAGCAUGCAGUUAUCAUGCGACCGCCUACUUAUCAUGAUUAGCAAUUCCCUUCAUCGCCGAUGCUUGCACCUUGUACGAGGAUUACUUUCUCGUCCUCAUCCAAGUUGUUUAUUGCGCACUUCCAUCACUGCCGUUGACUAUUGGGGGUGAUAGUUACUCUACGAUUUGGCACUUUGAUACUGUCGCCGGAAGCGAUUUUCGCCCGUGCGCUCCCCGCGUGGCUAAUUAAUCUGCCUAAGCAACGUCUCGGCACGAGAUACAGAGCAGGAGGGUCAUUGUGCUUGAUAAUAGACUGCGGAUUAGAGAACCGUGUCUCAAGCGGCUAGCAACUCACGCGGUUGUCAUACCUCACAAAAAUUUGGCCUGAUCGACCGUAAACAUAUGGCCGGGUCCCCUCGGAUGACCCGCGCUGAGAGCUGGCAUAAUUCCUCCCCACUACUACCGUAAGUCCAACCAUCCGCGUUCGAAGUUCUUUGUCCGUUUCUCCGACGUGGUUGCUUUGUCCGCUACUGACCUAGACCCUGUAAACAACGGCAUAUCUCUUGUCUCCACUGAUUAACGUCUUUUGCUUCAACCAUAGCUAAUCGAUGACCUUGUCAUUCAUUAUUUACUGCCUCUUGCACCCCGACCAGAUGAAAUUAUUGACGGACUCAUUGUUUUGGCAGCUUUCGGACUUAUUUCAGCGCUGAAUCAGUUGCCUAUCCGUUCACGUGGUUACAACCUACAGGCUGAUGUUGUAAACACUGUGUGCAUACUUAAUAAUUGGGCCACCAUGUCAAGCCUUUAAUGUUUAGGCCUUCGCCAGUUGAACUGAAGUUUUCUGUUACCUUGUGUUUUGGCUACCAGAAUCGCAUGUCCCGCCUUAUUCAUAUGUUUUGACCGGGUAUUGCAGACAGCCUUUUUUCAAAGCGAUUGCCCAGACCCGAUUUCUGCUGUCUCUUUCCUUCUAGGCGUCACGAUGAUGUCUUCAGCCCCUUUGACGUGCGCUUUCUGUCGCGGUAUUCCGAUUGCUGCGAGACGUCUUUUGUCGAUGGAGACUGGCCGCCGUAGGCACUCGAGAAUCCGAAACAAUAACCCCUCACCUACCGUCAUGUCGAAGUGUCCGCAACCGUCCUCUUCAAUUUUACAGUCCCUCCUACUGUCCCAGGAAGCAGAUGAUCUUAAUGCACCUGACCCAACGAGAUAUUGCCAGGAUUUGGACGUGCGCUCUAGUGUUAGAAUACUCGAAUCCUGGAUUGAACGGCUAGAUAUUGAUAAGCAGCGACCAGCACUCCAGGAAUCUGGCAAUCUUGCAUGCCUGGUCCCAAAGUAAGUAAAACAUGGUGCUUUUAUAGAAUUAUCAUCUAGUAUUCUACAUUGUCCGUUAAGAAGUUGUGUGCGACACCAGGCAAUAUUUUUUUAAAAUAACUUAGUACCGGUGAUGAGCUUUAGUGUCUUUCAGUUUGCCUGUCGCCCUAUGCUGUAUUUGUUUAAUAAUGAUUGAGACGUUGAGCAGGCCCAGAUAUUAGUAGGCGUCAUUCUGUAUCUCGUCUGCUGUAUCUUGAUCUUUUCACUCAUGCAAUUUUCCCCUGAAUCAAAACUGGACUGCAUAGAAAUUACAGUUAGAGCAGUCAGAUUAUGGUGUCUGUAGUACGGCUAGUGUCCGUAAAUAAUCCUCAUUUGGCUUAGUUUGCUUGGUUAUUUUGUUAUUUUCUCUUGUGAAAGAGAUUUUUUGCAUCCAAAUUCACCUGCCGAUCAUGGGAACGUUGGUAGAUUGUUCAAAGUCGAGAGAUUGUAUUUUUGGCUUAGACGUAUGAAAUUUUUUGCGGAAUGACCGCCAGCUGUGCUAUUCAUGACCCCUAUGUCCAGUCUCACUUUAGCACCGAGCUGAGAUCGCCAAAAUCGCGCAACCCAACGAACUUGUACGCAGAACGACUGCUAGUGCCGCAGGCGAAAGUUGUAUUUUUUUCCUUUGUAUAAAAGCCCCUCAAUUCUUCCUUAUUUUCUUCAAUUUUGAUAGUAAUCCUUGUCUUCAAAAACUGGUGCAGCUUGGCGCCGACCUAUCACGGAUGGAAAGUGUUCCGGGUGUUGCGAAUAUGCUUGUAAAAGCAGACUUUGAUAAGAUGAUUGCACCAAAACUGUGGAUUCUCGCCGAUCGCGGAUUCGACCUUUCGCAGAUCGCUCAAAUUAUAAGUGUGUUUCCGAAGAUAUUGAAGGUAUAUACUUUUGUCUAUAUCGGUCCGUUCUAGACGGGUACUUAGUUGUCUGACGAGGAGUUGAAAUCUCGAAUUUCAUACUUUACUAAACGAGGGUUUACUCAGGAGCAGGUGGCUUCCUUUCUGACCGACAAACCUCUAAUAUUAUCACUGGAAAGUGUUGAAGUGGACCGCAAACUAGGUGCCGUUGUCGACGUUUUCCGCUUUAAAGGUUUGUUUGUCUCUCUGCCUACUUUACGGCUAUCGGUUUUAGAUUCAGAGAUCCGCGCCGUUAUAAUCGGAGCCAGUGAAUGCAUAUUACAACCCCUGUUAAAUACGAAGGUUUGUGAAGUUAUUGUUAGAAGACUGUGAGGCUGUGUGAUUUAGUUCUAAUCCUUGAACCUGCUUUUGCACCGGUCCUUUUCCUACCUCACUGAGCAUUAGAAUUGCAUCCAGUUUUCCCAGUCCUCAUUCAUCUGCCCCAAACCGCCCCGUUCGGCGCAUUUGUCCUUUUUUGCAUCUGUAAUUCGAAACUAGAAUUAGAAUGACUUAUUGCUUUCCUGGUAAACGGCAGUCGGGUUCAACCCAUCCGAAAGCGCAUACGAACUACAGGGAUUAAGCAGGGUAGCCUCUUGAGCCAGGGCCAGCCUCGCGGUCAAUUGAAGGUAAUGAGUGCUUUUUAAACAUAUCCUCCUAGAACCCGAUUCUUCCCGCAGUUUAGCCCCUUAUACACAGGACUUGGCCGAUGCUCAAUUCGUAAAUUCACGUAAUCAAGGGGGCAUUUGUUUACAUACCUUCUACUUACACUCCUCGUGUGCUUUGGUAGCCUAGUCCUGACCCCCCAUCCAGAAGCAUUUGGGUGAUACAUUGCGUCCUCAUAUGGCCUGCGCCUAUGUUGCGGUAGCGGCUACAUCGUUCCAUGAAAUGCGCCGAUCGGGCCGCAUCGAAGCUGUUGGGGACCGUAGUCAUUGCCCCUCACAUGUAUGACACGCGUUUGGCGGAGCCUUACAGCACGUCGACCGCCUAAGUCAGCCUGACUUAGGCAUGUCACUGUUGUAUAGGGGAGAAAGAGAAAGUGGUGCCGAUGCCGAGGUAUCCAUCCUCAUGACAAUCCAGCAUUGAAAGUCUGGCGCUCUUGAAACUGUCGCGACACGAUAAAAGUCUUGGCUCGGAAGGUUAGCAUCCGAUCAACUCAGUCCUCGGGACUGAGUUGGUCCAACCACAAUGGCUCUUGAGUAUGGUCCUUAUUGAUCCUUCAUUUGAGUGGAAUACGGAGUUCCUCCUCUGAAUGAUUCACCAUAUUGACAGCGCAGACACUAGGUAAAGACCUGGACGCGCGUGUUUCGCUGAUUUUAUGACGCAGCUGCGAAGAGUUCGGCUCAUCAAUGGGUCCACCAGCGUGCUUCGUGUGCUUUCUGGUAUAUACUCAAGUUUUGAAUGUUUGGCUUUUUUAUUUCUCAAGAGCCAAGGCUCAAAUUUGGGGCAAAUCCUUCGGAACAAACCUAUUCCGGCUCGGUCCGAAAUUUGAUAUAAAUAUUCGAGUUAAAACCUGCCAGCUUCAGCGAAAUAACCGCGUAAUAUCCACACAUCAACAACAGUAAGUAGUUGCAAAUGUUAAAUGAUUCACCACACAGAUACUGGCUAAGAGCCCAGACACGUGUUUCGCGGCUUUUCUGUCUGGUUCGUGUAUUUCUUGAGGACCGGCUCAUGCCUGGCACGCGUAGAUGGACUACUAAGGCAGACGGGACUAAGAAUGGGCAUAUGAGCCCGGUCCAACGCGUGCACUUAACCAUCACCUCCUGCCCUUGUCGCGUCGUCGAACUCAACGAACAAACUCUUGAUUUUAACCCACUUUUCUGUUUUUUUUUCAAUCCAUUUACUCUGCCAAAUUGCAAUUCUGAAACAGUUUGUGUCAAAUUUCAGGAUGUGUUCGUCGUAAUGACGAAGAUGCUGGGCUUCUCCCUUCCCACUACACGAGAAAUGAUUGUUGCGUGUCCCAAACUCAUUACUACUAGUAAGUGAUUUUUGAUUCUUCUGCCCUCUGUUCGACUCGGUGUCGACAGCACUGAAACACACACUGUCAGAAGGAAGGACACUGCUUGAAUAGCCCCGUUGUAAAUAACGAUUCUCGACUAGGAUUAAAGGCGAAAUUGUCUCGUCCAUCUGAUUUAGGACCAAGCGCGUGCACGACACGGAGAUGACACACGCCAUGUUUCGCCAACUCAUGCUGUCCGUCCUCGUUGAGGACGACCUACUAGUUUCGUUCCCGUGUCAGCAAACCCAGCUGAAUGCCUCACGUUUGUCCUUAGUACUGGGCCACUGCAAAAGCUGAUAGUCUAGGGUACGAAAGAUACCAUCGUAAAAAGUCUUAUAUUUGAUUGUCUGCUCUUAUGUCUACUGUUAUUGACUUUGCGCAACCAGGGCAGAUUGGGCAUAAAUUGAAGACACUAGCUAACCACAUUUGUCCCCCCCUUCACCGACUCGAGACCACUGGAAUUUACACGUUUGCUUUAACAUUUUUACCAGAUGCUAAGCUGGGAUUAUUCAUGAGGAUUGAGUUAAUUAGGUGAAAGUGGUUUCCCAAUCACUUAUUUUCCGAAAUUUCCUUUCCACAUAGUUUGAAGGGAUUCCUAAUUAGUGCGUGCUCUUAACCUCUUCCAGGUCGUCGUGUUCUGUGCGAAAACUUUUAUCACCUCAACUCUCGUCUUGACCUUCCUCUGGAUGUGAUCGCCAAAUCUCCCAAAGCUCUCACCUCCUGCCCACGCAUCCUCGCCGAAAGAACUAACUUCCUGGUUCACUGCAAGCUCUUUCAACCGGAUGGAAGCAAGUAGGUUAACCUACUUAACCCUCCCUUCCCUCUAUCUUGUUAUUUUAUGUUUCUGUCCAGUUUAACUCCUGCCCCAACGCUCCGAGGGUAAUUAGCCUGAUCACAACGACAGUUUAACUGCAUUGUCACAUAGAAAUCGCUUCCGGCUAUUGAGAAAAGGCUUUGUAGCCGCUGCCGAUCUGUCGUUGGCUCAUAAGAGAGCAAUGGCAAAACGUACGACCUGCCACAACUGCCACCUCAUGGAGUAUGUCUGAAAAUAAUAUUGGGCUCGUGGAACCUACGCGCCACGCAUCCCUGGUGUUAACCAGUACCGUAUACGCGGCAUGAAAAUCCAGAUCAAAGUCCAAGUCUGCAUAGAUUGGGUAAUAGUUAUCAGAUUUUUCGAAUUCGUUUUUUGGACAAUAGCCAAGGCUAAGAAGGAAGGUUGCAUACAGGACCUGAAUUGUCGAAUUCAUUCCUCCGCAUGGAAGCCGAAAGAGAGGAGAUUGUGGCUCUCGUCCAUACGGGUUUUUCGGCUGCGGACAUUGUGACGGACGCUACUGGUAGUCUUCUGAGUUCCAUGCUUCAGAGUAAAAAAUAAACGACUUAAAAACGGCCUCGAGAUAGGAAGCGAAAAGAUCUUGACGAAUUUGAAGAACAAGAUGUUAGUCUGUGACCGUGAAUAUUUAAUCCAUCGAUACCGUCUGUGACAGCAAUCCUGACAGGCACAUCAUCAACGUCAGAGUAAAGGAUGUUCCAGAGGUGUGAGAAUCAUAGACAAAGCCAAGUGCACAUUUUGACGGACGAUGUUGGACACUGUGGCCUCAAGAUAUCUGGAAAAGAAUGUUUCGGAUGGAGGCCAAAGAGUACGUGAGCCCCCCUUCCUCGCCUGAACCCAGCAAAGCUGUGCGGAUCUGUCGGUGGUGACCAUGCAAGAUGGGACCUAAACUGCUGUGCGAAAGAGGUGUAACCACCCAACUUCUAGGUCGUCACCCUGUGUACCAUUCAAUCUGAGCUUCUUUUCAGAAUAUGACUUGCAAGGCCCGGUGCUUAAAGCUUCGGUCAUGUUCGACUUUCGGUUCGAAGUUGAGGCCGGGAAGAGUCCGAGGUGGAAUAGUCGAUCGAGGAGUUGUAAAUGCCCGUACCCUACGUUUUAUUGAUCAAUCUUCUCUCCAGCAUAUAUUAUUAUCUGCCUAUUUCGUUUUAAUUCGCCUACGGUUGCAUCUCUGAGUUCGGGAACUUGGCGCCUAUCUUUCGCGUACUGAAGAUUCGUGAAGGCAACUCUAACCGUACCAUAGUGGACCCUUACCAGGGAGUUGGCCUGGUUGAGAGUUAUACACCUGUGAAUUUGACUAGUCUUUAACGUUACGACUGUCACUGUUGUAAUCACAAGGAAUUUGUCGUGUCAACACUCCAGGAUAACCGGCGCCGUUAGAUAGAAAGAGCGGAUACCGUCCGAUCUACACUCAUUAGGCCCACUUUUGCGAUAUCUGUCGCUGGAGCAUAAACCAAGUCUUUUAAACCAGUCAGUUGCUACUUCCUUGUCCAUAUGAGACGUAGUUUCCUCCUUCACUGACUUGUGAAGUCUUCUGCUAUCAUUCCUCCCUGCAAAAAGUUCUGAUUUAAUAGUGAAUCUGCGAAGUACCAAGGCUUACUGAAAAAUAAAUUUUCUGUUAAAAUAUCCAAGUCCUAUGCCGACGCAUUGGUUCCACGUGACGCUCAAAGGUAGAGAAAUCUGGUCGUACCUGACGAAAGGACGUUCGGUUGUUUUUCUAAAAACCAAAAAACCCUUCGUAUGCGACCUGUCGGGGUUUUGGACUUUUGCCAGUGCUGGAGCAGUUCCUAUUUUUAUCAUUUUCGAGGGAAUAUAGGUUGUUAGUGGUAUAAGAGCGAGACCCGGUCUUAGCAACCAACAGCUGGUGGCCGCCUGCCUCACAGCUUUCAUGCAUUUAGAACUUAGCAUGUUCAGCAACUAUGCCAAAUUCUCGGAUUACUUGGUCGUUCAAAGGCAGCUGUCCAGUUAGGAGGAACGUAUCUUGCCGCAAAUUAGAUAAGCCGAGUCUUAUUGAGUUAAUUUUUGAACUGUAUGCCCUGCUGCUCCUCAUAUCCUCUUCUUCCUGGGCUUUGACCCUUACAUCAGUUUAUUUAGAAACCUGCAUAAUUAGUGUCUUAGUAUCUUUCAAAGUGAGCUUUGUUUCUAAAAACUAAAUACAUUGUCGACACUUAGAGCGUGGCUUUCUUUGAAACUUUCUUCUGUAUUUGUGCGCCAUGCUUGAAUUACGUCUGACGCUCCUAGUCUACAAUUGUUUAACGUUGUUUACUUUAUGCGCAAAGCUUUCAUUGAAUUUUGUCAUUUUAGGCCAUUGUACACGCCACUUGAUUCUGUUGUUGAUUGCGAUGACAAAACCUUCUGUCACCGUUUUGUUCAAUCUAAGGAGGACCUAUUUGACGCGUACUUGAAGACACUGUAA